AGCCCGCCCAGGCAGAUUGCUUUUCUCAGGCGACACGGAGGGUAGCUGCGCUUGGUCGCUGUGCUUCUUUCUUGCCUCCGCUACCCCGCGACCGAGAGCAUCUCAGCGAAAAACAAGCUCUGAGGGCCAGCCAGGCGCUCGCUCCCAGCACUUUUAGAGUGAAAGCCGGUGCGCUUUUCCAGUAUGUCUGUGGAACUGGAAGAAGCUGACCUGCCGCUGACCGAGGCGGAAGAGGCGCCUCUGGCUCCAGAAAAGAAAGGGGCGGCCAAGAAAGCCAAAGGUGGCGUGUCGGCGCUCUCCCCUUCCAAGAAGAAGAAAAACAACAAGAAAAAGAACCAGCCUGGCAAGUACAGCCAGCUGGUGGUGGAAUCCAUCCGCAAACUGGGCGAGCGAAAUGGCUCCUCGCUGGCCAAAAUCUACAACGAAGCCAAGAAAGUGGCUUGGUUCGACCAGCAAAACGGGCGGACCUAUCUCAAAUACUCCAUCAAGGCGCUGGUGCAAAACGACACUUUGCUCCAAGUGAAAGGCACCGGCGCCAACGGCUCCUUCAAGCUCAACAGGAAAAAGCUCGAGGGGGGAAGCGAGGGGGGCGCCGGCGGCGGCGGCGGCUCCCACGCAAAAUCCCACAAGAAGGCGGUCGCGGCGUCCACCUCGCGGAAGGUCGAGAAGAAACCCGUCGCCAAGAGCAAAAAGCUGGAGAAGAAAUCGCACAAGAAAGGCGCCGGCGGCGGGACCGCCAAGAAAGACAAGGUGAAAGCGAAGAAAGCCCCCAAGAAAAGCGCCGCUUCCCCCAGCGCCAAGAAGGUGAAAAAAUCGGCGAAGCCCAAGGCUCUCAAGAGCAGGAAAUGAGACUGCCCCCAAACUUGGAGGGAAGAUGGCAGCUUCCGUUGUCCUUCGACCCAAGACUUUUGGGCCCCAGGACGCUGACUUUAGCUCGAAGCACAGAGCCAGCUUUGAUUUUUGUCUCUUUGGCCUCAUUUCUGCAUCAUUUCCUCCCCCGGAAGGCGGGUGUGUGUAAAAUAGCACUUCUUUCCUCCACAGACCCCAUCAGGAUGAUUGGGGCAUUUUGGAUCGUGGGAAGGUUGUACGUUCACCCCACACCCUUUCCUUUUUAUUGGAAUAUUGUGCCAUUGAGGCUUGCUUUUCUGCUUUUGUGUUCUGCAAAAGUAGCGUGAUAUCGUUGUAAAUACUCCCCCACCCAUAAAUCUGGGUGGGGUUCGGCCCCCCUUGUCAUCCGCCCCCAGGCACUUCGGGGGAAGGGGGCGUCCUCGGUGGAUCCCUAAACUCUGAACUGCCAGCCGCCUCUCUAAUGGCCGGGAUGCCAUGGCAACAGCCUGUUGGUUUCAUAGGCGUCCGCGCCGCUCCUGGGCCUGAAGUGCUGCCGGCGCUGCAUGCGGGGUAGGGGGCGGCGGUCGCGUGGGACCAAGUGACCAGCGGAGUGGGCUGAUUUUACCUCGAAGACUUGCGCAAUCACUGCAGGUUUGAAAUACGUAUCUAGCUGAAUCUGGGGGUGGGGAGGGGGGCAGUGCAGUUCUCCUUCGCCUACAAGAUUUCGUAUCGUCCUUUUCAGGUCUCGUCUUCAAAUGCCUUUUUUUAUUUCCUUGUGUUUUUGUUCAAUAAAUCGUUUAAAACAUUU